AUGCGUAUAGCGUGUCUCUUUCCACUUCUUUUGCACGCCGCUGUCGCAGCUGCAGCAGACGGCGCUCCAGCUUUGAACCUAACCUUGACACCACAUUUCCCACAAAAUGGAACCGCUUCGCUCGACGGCGUGCUAGUCAUCGAGUCCCCCGACGUUGGAAGCAACGAGACGCUCGUGACGCUGCCCUUGACCAUCACCUCCAACAUCCCGACCGCAAGAUACGAUGGCGACGCCCUUCAAGCCGACGACGACGAUGGCCCCUUGCCAUUGGUCAUAAUUGACGACGAGCCCUCAAACAUCCAAAUGAGGUACUGGAACACCACCCGUGCAACCAGCGGCAAUGUCACGGUCCGCUUCACGGCAUAUCCUCGACAAGUGGAAACAGACGACCCUUUCGGCCCUUUGUUCGACAUCCGCCAAAACGACAACGGCCUCGUCGGCUCAGCAUGGGCACUCGUCCCCACCCCCUCCUCGGACCAAAGCACCAACUACACCAUCAGCUGGGCCUGGGACCUCUCCCACUCCCCCUCCUGGACCCGCGGCGUCUGGACAUGGGGCGAGAGCUCCUCCUCCUCCUCCUCCUCCUCCUCCUCCCCCAUCGUUUCGGUCAACACCCUCGACCACCUCCAAUACACCUUCUGGGCCGUCGGCAACAUCACCAGCUACCCAGCCGCCGACUCCGCCUCCAGCUCCGACUUCGGCAUGUACUGGCUCGUCCCGCCCCCCUUCAACACCACCGCCGUCGCGACCUUCGUGCAGAACUUCUUCGCCUUCUCGACGUCCUUCUGGCACGACACCAGCAACGACCCGUACCGCGUCUUCGUGCGGUGGAACGCGAACCUGAUGGGCGGCGGCACCGCGCUCUACCGGUCCUUCACCUUCGGCUGGAACAACGCCAGCACGACGGGGGAGCAUGAUCUCGAGCUGCUGCUGGCGCACGAGAUGACGCACAACUGGCCGACGAUGGAAGGUAGUAAUGCGAACAUCACGAACUUCGUCGAGGGGUCGGCCGAGUUCUACUCGCUGCGCCUGAUGUGGCGCGGCGGCUUCAUGGACGAUUCGGCGUACCUGGCCGAGAUGAAUAGCCGCGUCGCGUACUACUACAACGAUCCGUACGUCAACGCGUCGGACGCCGCGGUGCAGGAUGAUCCGUGGGGCGAUUUGCGGCUGCAGAAGAUUCCGUAUGGACGCGGGUUGAUUUGGCUGGCGAAUUUGGACGCGGAGCUGCGGGAGAGGUGGAACGGGACGGUGAGUUUGGAUGUGCUGGAGUUGGCGCUGUUGGAGCGGUAUAACGACGGGCUUUCGUAUACGCUGGAGGACUUCUUUGGGUUGCUGCGGCAGUAUCUGGGCGAGUAUGCUGUUGCGGAGUAUGAGCAGAUUGCCACGGGCAGCCCGUUGCUCAAACUACGGGACGGUAGUCUUGGGCCUUGCUUUGAUGUCGUUCAGACUGCUUCUAACCCGGUCGUCUGGCAGUGGCAGUGGAAAACUGGUGCUAAUGCCACCAACAGCACUACUUGCGUCAUCUGA